AUGGUCUUGGCUAACCGUUUGAACGCAUGGACAAAGCUCCAGGAGCACUACGAUGCUCAGGGCGCCAACAUUACCAUCAAGGACCUCUUCAGCCAGGACAGCCAGCGGUUUGACAAGUACUCGCGCAACUUCCAGGGCACAGACGCGACGAUCUUGCUGGAUUUCUCCAAGAACCGCGUUACCGACGAGACCUUUAAGCUGCUGCUGGAGGUUGCCAAGGAGGCCCAAGUCGAGUCGAUGCGUGACAAGAUGUUCUCUGGCGACCGCAUCAACUUUACCGAAGACCGUGCUGUCCUGCACACCGCGUUGCGCAACUUGAGCGACAAGCCCGUUUACGACAACGGUGAGAACGUCAUGCCCGAGGUCCGCGAGGUCUUGCAGCACAUGAAGGAGUUCUCGAACGCUGUCCGCAGUGGCGAAUGGAAGGGAUACACCGGCAAGGCGAUCACGGAUGUCGUGAACAUUGGUAUUGGCGGCUCGGACCUGGGCCCGGUCAUGGUCACGGAGGCCCUGAAACCUUAUGCCCAAGACGGUCUCAACGUGCACUUUGUCUCCAACAUCGAUGGCACCCAUUUGGCCGAGGUCGUCAAGCGCUGCAAGCCCGAGUCCACCCUGUUCAUUGUUGCAAGCAAGACCUUUACCACCCAGGAGACCAUCACCAACGCCACCUCUGCCAAGGAGUGGUUCUUGAAGGAAGCCAAGGACGUUGCACACGUGGCCAAACACUUUGUCGCCUUGUCGACCAACACCAAGGAAGUAUCUGCAUUUGGCAUUGAUCCUGCAAACAUGUUCAAGUUCUGGGACUGGGUUGGCGGCCGCUACUCGCUGUGGUCCGCCAUCGGCCUGUCGAUUGCCAUUUCCAUCGGCUAUGACAACUUUGAGCAGCUGUUGCGAGGCGCGCAUGAGAUGGACAACCAUUUCCAGACGGCCCCCUUGGACCAAAACAUCCCUGUGAUUCUGGCCGUGUUGGGUAUCUGGUACAACAACUUUUACAAGGCCGAGAGCGAGGCCAUUUUACCGUACGACCAGUACAUGCAUCGGUUCCCGGCCUACUUCCAGCAGGGCGACAUGGAGUCGAACGGCAAGUACGUCUCACGGUCCGGCGAGGCGGUGCAGACAUCCACAGGCCCAAUCAUCUGGGGUGAACCCGGCACCAACGGCCAGCACGCAUUCUACCAGCUCAUUCAUCAGGGCACCAAGCUGAUCCCCUGCGACUUCUUGGCUCCUGUCGAGACACACAACGCAUUGGGCAACCACCACGACAUCCUGUUGUCCAACUUUUUCGCCCAGACCGAGGCUCUGAUGGUUGGCAAGGACGAGGCCCAGGUCCGUCAAGAGAUGGGCCCUAGUGCUGCCGAGAACAUCGUCCCCCACCGCAUCUUCAAGGGCAACAAGCCAACCAACUCGAUCAUGUUCCAGAAACUGACGCCUUCGACCUUGGGUGCUUUGAUCGCCAUGUACGAACACAAGAUCUUUGUCCAGGGCAUUGUUUGGGAUAUCAACUCGUUUGAUCAAUGGGGUGUUGAGCUCGGCAAGCAGUUGGCCAAGGCUAUCUUGCCUGAGCUUGGUCAGCCUGGACAGGUCGAGUCGCACGAUGCUUCUACCAAUGGAUUGAUCAACUAUUACAAGUCCAACAAGAAGAACCUCUAA